AUGCCUUUAACCAAAGCUAGCAAAUACAGUCGCUUCAAUGUCGCGGCUUACAUGAAGGAACGUCGUUUGGCUACGGAAACGUUGGCAAAACAAAAUAAAGAGCUGAUUGCCAAGAAACAGAAGUUGGCCCGGCUGGACCAAAAGGUAGGUUUGAUAGUUUAGUUGUUAUAUUAUUAUUGAAACCUUUAACGGGUUUUCACUUUUAAGUCUGUAGCGAUAGGUUUGAUCCAUAUAGUCGUGUUUACACUAUACAAGCCUUGGCCAGACCAAGGUAAAUGCGAGGCGUUUACAUGUACAAUGGCCUUUUUGAGAUAGGCUCACGUGGCCUAGAAUUUCAGUAAAUUUAAUUAAUUUUUUAUGUGUUGUCUGGUUGUUGGCCGCUAAGCUCUCACACAUUUCCAUGGAAAUGAGGCAAAUAUUAAAGCAUAUUUCAUUAAAGGCCCAUAUUUGCCAAAAGUGUUUUAUAUUGCCACAAAGCCAGUCCUAGCCACCGGUGGUAGUGAGCCCAGAUUUCCCAGCCUAGGUCAGGCAAAAGCUAGCCCAAGGUGUGUUUAGAAUGCUGUUUUUGGGUUUUUAAUCCAAGUGUGUAUAUUACAAUUUAAGACCUGUUAACCAGGAAUGACUGCGAGAAAUAUGCAGCUGGUAGGAAUUAAGUCGAAUAGGUGAUUGGGUGUCCGGGUUGUGAUAAGGUAGACUGCAAUGAUGUUUUUUGCACUUCACUUGGUGGAAUUAAUAUUAUAAUGCUGUUUUCGGGUUUGUAAUCCAAGUGAAUAUAGAUCUAACUAGGAACGGCUGCGAGGCUACUAGGCUAGCCCAAGGCUUGUAGUAUAAACACGACUUAUUUUAUACAUAUAUCCUUUACUCCCUUAUGAAUGAUCUUACUGUUAGAAUGAAUUUAAACUCAUUGUAGAUAGCCAAGGUAGUUGAUGAAAUAGAGGAUAGAGCAGAUAUUGCUAGGCAGAUCGAGAAUGAAGGUACAUGUAGCAUUUCGAAAGCCGGGUCAACUAAUAGAAGGACAGUUGCAGUGAGAGAACAAAGAGAAGGCGUAGUGCAGAAACCCUAGAGGUAGCAAGGAAUAUUCAUGGAGGAGGGGAAAGAAGUUUGAAGGCUAGUACAUCUGGUUUGCUCGAUACACUUAAUAGAUGCUCAGAAGAUGAUCUUGUUGGUGGUAUUGGUAAAUGCAAGAAGUUGAAGGAGAAGGUGUUUCCAAAAUUAUAUAAGAAGGCAGUUGAUGAGUUUGAACAUACCAGUGAAAAUAUGUUGCGGUCUAUAGCCGUCUAUUAUAGUAAGGGGGUAAUGGGUAAGAUAAAGUAUAUGUCGGUAUAUAGGGCAUCCACCUAUAGUUAUUCGGCUCAUAAGAAGAAGGCUGUGCGUAUGACAGUUGCUAAUUGCCCCAUCCCUCGUCUUGUUCCAUACCAUAGGUUAACUGCGUAUGUCAAAACAUUGAGGUAGGUAAGCUGCAUAGUGUUCGUGAUACUCUUUGUGAUGGCUUGGAGGAUAAAGACAAGGUAAGUGGCUGUUAUCGCGAACUUGAGGAACUACUUCUCAAGUUGGCUGAGUUCUAUCUCUCCAAUGACCUGUAUGAGUUACUAACAUUCACUGAAACUAACAAAUUUCAUGUUGCUUUAGGUGGAGAUGGGGCACCUUUUGGCAAAGACGAUUCAGCAUGUGCCUGGCUUGUAAGUAUUUUAAACAUUGGUCAGGGUGUGCUAAGUUCAAACGAAAAUUUUCUUCUUUUUGGGGCUAAUUGCAGUGAGAAUUGUGUCCCUGUAACACGGUUCUUGCAAAAGUUGCUAACUGACAUAACGAGGAUUGAGAACACAACUUACACUAUUUCAUGCAACAAUGAGAUAGUAAGUGUUAAAUUUGUAAUAUCAGAAUUACCUAAUGACAUGAAAAUGCUAGCUUUUCUAGGGGGAGAACUGUCUAACAGUGCUAAGUUUUUUUCAUCUUUUGGUAAUGUCACCUUGGAGUCUGCUCGAAAAAUCACAGGUACAUUUGGCCCACUACCAUCUGACACUUGGAAGCCCUGGAAGUAUCCUGACAGACUCAAGGUGGCAAGACAGGUUGAAAGGCUCAAAUCAUCUUUAGCCAAAUCCAAGUUAUCAGUAAGUACUAAGCGGAGCAAGGUAACAUCAUUUAUUGCUGAACAAAAGAGUAGACAAGAGUUUGUCCCCAUCAUUGGCGAACUGAUUGACCGGGCGCAUGUUGACCCCCUGCACUUAAAGAAUAAUGCUUGUGCUCUAGCCCAUCGUUAUAUUCUACAUAUUGCCCUUGCAAUGGCUAAGUUACCCUCUUCAGUUAACUGUUUUUCUCAGGUUUCAUCUCUAUCUCCAUUUUUUAAGUAUGUUGAAGCAUUGCGAUCGAAAUGUUCUCUUUCAAGGUUGGCUAACAAAGUUAUAAGGUGGUUUAAUGAAACCAAUGGCACUGGUAAAGAAUUUGAUUACAGGUUCACAGGCAAAGACUCACGGAUGUUCUUGCACAAUUUUAUGUUUCUUAUAGAUAUUCUUGAGAAAGACUCCACUGGUAUGCAGUCUAAACAUCUUCAUAUUUAUGCUUUUCUUUGUCUUUGUCUUAGAGACUCAGUUUCUUUGUUUAGUCGUAUUAACAUCACAGAAAGACAGGUAAGUAUGUUAAAACAGCAUUGUUCUGACUUUGUUCGUGGUUAUACACUGUUUUUUUCGGUGAAUCCUAUCAUCUGGACUCUUGGCUAUGUUGUUCCGGUGCAUACCGUGGAGAUGAAAGGUAAGUAUGGUUUAGGUUUGGGGAUAAAUUCGAUGGAAGGGAGAGAGGCCAAGCAUAUAGCCAUUUCAAGGUAUUGUAAAAACACUGCGUACUUGUAUCGAUGGGAGCAAGUAUUUCGACAUGAGUAUAUUUCACUUAUUUGGCUUCGAGAAAAAGGUUAUAACAUCAAUAACACUUCUCUUAAUUCUAGAAAGCUCUCUUAUCUCCCAAAGCGUGUUAUUAAUGAUAGUGACGAGUAUUGCAAAUGUGGUCUGGGUAAAAUGGCGAGCACAGACAAUCAGUGCCGUUUCUGUAGCCAUGAUUUAAGGGCAAAAAUCAAGGUUAGUAUUGAGAAAGGCAAGAUUCUUGUCUAA